CUCGGGCGCUAUGGAUGUCCUCAAGGCUUACUGGGAUAAGACCGGCGGCAAGCCUCAGGCAAAGCCCAAGACGCCAGCAAAGAAGGGUACCAAAAGAAAGUCGAUGGCUCAGGACACGCCAGAAGUUGCCACCACAUCUACCACUAAAAGCACGGCCGAUGCCGACGAGCCUGCAGAAAACAAGGGUUACUCUCUGCCAGAGGGCUCUUGGGAAGACAAAGUGCAGCUCGUUGACUCGGUCGAGAAGCCAGAUGAGGGCGAGCACAAGGGUGUCCUUAUGAUCUAUCUCCUAUGGGAGGAUGGCACCAGAACACAACACUCCGCCCAGCAGUGUCGCCAAAAGUGUCCUCAGAAGCUACUUGACUACUAUGAAUCGAAAUUGUACGGCAACUCCUCCAAACCCAAGCGCCGAAGACGUUCCACUAACAAGGCC